UCAGCUAAGAAGGAAGAACAGAGAGCUGCACCGAUGGAGGCCAUCAAGAGCUUGAAAUCCUACUGGCGCCGCCGAUCCUACCAAAGAUUAGAGGACGUGCCCGCUGCAAAGAAAAUUGCUGUUGUGAGGCUUGGCAACGGCGGCCAAAGGUGGCGGCGGUCAAGGAAGAGAGUGGUGGUGCGGCAGGCGAUGUGCUUGAAGAAGUUAAGUGUUCCGAAAUCGCCGGUGAAAGUGAUGGCUAGUUUGAGAGAUGCUUACAUGAACGCCAUGUUGGUGCUCGCCGGAGGCGGCGGUGGCGGGGCGGUGUGGGAUCGCAGGAUACCGAGGGCGAGGCAGGCAAGUAUGAAAAGUGGAGACUUUGAGAAGAGAGUGAUGAUUCAUCUUUAUAACUCUGUUAUUGCUACUCGAUAAAUUUUUUUAUUAUUGAUUGUUGUAUUAUAUUGUAAUUUCUAUUUUUAUUGAUAUUAUUGCCUAAUUGUAAAUUAUUUGGAAGAAUCUUGCAAAAUUUUGCAAGGUUGUAAAUUUAUUUAUUUGUCCAAUCUCCAGUUCGUUUGAAGCAGAUUUUAAUAAAAGAAAUUAGUAUCUAGA